AUGGAUAAACCAGAUGAUUCAUUACUAUGUCCAAUAACACUUGGAUUAUUUCGUGAUCCAGUCCUAGCUCAAGAUGGUCAUACCUAUGAAAGAGAAGCUAUUGUAGAAUGGAUUCAAAAAGAGGGUCGAAGUCCAAUUACUGAUCAACCAUUAUCACUGGAACAUUUAUAUCCAAAUUAUGCUAUAAAAAAAGCAGUUGAUCAUUUUGAAAAAUCAUUAAAGAAUAAAAAUGAUCAAUAUAUUCUUGAUAUUGAUGUAAAAAAGAAAGCAGGUCGACCAUUAUUUCAAACAUUUGGUAAGACUAUUUAUUAUGCUGAAUGGUUACCAACAAAUAAUAAUCGUCCGGAAAUAAUACUUUUAAAAAUUGAUGGUGCUCAACGUGAUGAUAAUGAUGAAGAUGAAAAUAAUGCAGUGAUGCUAUUACAAGAACAUGCACCUAUGGGAAGUUUAUAUGAUUUAUUACAAGAACGAAAAAAAGUCCCUGUCGAAAAAAUUCUUGUGGAAAUAUUUUUACAGAUUAUCAAUGCAAUGAUUUUUCUAGCAUUUAAUGGUAUAGUUCAUGCUGAUUUAGCAUGUCGUAAUGUGCUUGUUUUUCGUUUUGAUGAAGAUAAUCCAAGAAAUAAUAUUGUUAAAAUAACUGAUUUUGGUCUUAGUCGACAUAGUAGAUUAUAUGCAUUAGCACUAGGUGCUGCAAAAACUACUUUAAAUAUUAUUCCUGUACGAUAUGUUGCACCGGAAAUAUUUUCAAAAAAUGUAACACAAGAUGAUUAUACAGAAAAAUCAGAUGUUUAUUCGAUGGGAGUUUUAAUGUGGGAAGCUUAUUCUCGAGGAACAAUUCCGUGGGCAAAAAUUAGUGAUGAUAACGAUGUUAUUCGACGUGUUAUUAGCAGUGAGUUGUUACCAAAGCCAUCAAAUUGUAGUGAAUCAUAUUGGUCCAUUAUCUGUAAAACUUGGUCAAAGUCACCGGCGAAUCGACCGACAUUCGCAGAAUUGAAACAUCUUUUAACAAAACAAUAUUAUGAUAUAUCACCUACACCACCAAAUAUAAGUAUGUGCUCAAUUACCUCUAAUAGUUUGAACAUAAAAAUUUCUUUUUUAAUAGUGCCUUUAACGACAUCCAUUUCAAGGUCAACGGAAGAAUUCAAAUUGGUGGAGAAGCAGUUUUUGGAUGGAUGGCCAAAUGAAUUAAGGACUCAAGUGAGAGUCAACGCAAUUCACAAGAUUAAUAAUCCAUCAUUUGAAUCACAAUAUCAAAAAUUCGUUCGUUCUAAUACAAAAUAUGCAACACAAGAACGUAUUGGAUGGCAUGGUACUUCAGCGAAAUGUCAUAACGGCAGUUGCAUGUUGGAGACAUGCAGUAUAUGUCAAAUUGUCCGAAACGGAUUUAAAAAAGAAUGUGCACGUAAAGAUACGAGGUCAUAUCGAUGUUGGGGUAAUGCUACUUAUUUUGCAAAUAUGAGUUUUGUCUGUCACAGUUACAAUGGUGCAUCACAACUCAGCAACUCAACCAUUCAGAGAUGCACGAUAAUGGCAAAAAUAAAUUAUGGAUACACGACUCGUGGAGAACCGGUGAUUAAGACUUGGAUGUCGCAGUCGUCUAUCGCCGAUUUCAUUGCAGAAAAGAAUUAUGACACCGUUGUAGUUAGUCGAAAAUAUUAUAUUGCUCCAACUGAAUAUCUAUUAUUAUACAAUAAUCUUGCUGCAGUGCCAACUUAUAUUGUGGUAUAUUUAGUUCAAACAAAUUCGUUGCAAGUACGCAUAUCAAAAGGUAAUUAUUGCUCGUUUCAUAAUGAAUACCACUGCUGUGAUGCCGGUUGUGAUGGACACUGGAACGCUGAGUGUUUAAAUAGCUUGCGUGGUCGAGACAUACGUGCCAAUUAUGAUAACCCAAUUGAUCAUCCUUAUUAUGUCAAUCCAAAAUAUGACGAUGUUCGCACUUCUUUCUAUAUGGAAAGUCCAUAUCCAUCCACUAGUUGGUCUAAUUCGUAGGGCACAUAACAGAGUGAGGAUGAGGGCAUCAAAGAGUGCGGAUGCCGCGGUGUCGCUAAUCUGAAUAAAUGAAAUGUUCAAGGGUAUAGAAAGAAACGCGUCGACAGGCUGGGGGUGGGUGUGGGGUAUGAGUGUAGGUGUGGGUGGGUGGGUGGGUGGGUGUGGGUGUCGGUGCGGAUGUGGAUGUGAAUUCAGGAAGGGCUCACAGCAUCAGCUAUACCCACACCCCACACCCGCCGAUAUGUAGCGCUACAACUGAACAGAGCCCGAUUUUUCGUUUCUCUUCUAGCUUGUGUUCUUAGAAAAUUUCUCUGAUGAAAUAUGAAAAAGCCAAUGGAUAUAGCUCCAGAAAAGUUAGUUUCUUGUAAAUAUUUAUGAGAAAAUCGAAAAAUCUGACUCGGUUAAGUUGUAGAGCUAAUUUUUGGCUUCAUUUUGACACCAAGUCUAGCUUUCUAGAGUUUUAAAUGGCGGAGAAAUCUGGAACGCACGGAAACUUAAAAAUCGAAACUCCUAUUUUGAGAAAAAACCAAAACUUUUUAGGAAAAAACUUAUUUUCUCCUAUGAGAGAUUCAGAGAAGCCUGCGCAAUAUCCUUAAAUCUCAUCAUAAAAUCAAUAAACUAUAGUCCAUUCGAAAGUAGACACUUAGCUCUAUCUAACGGACUAUAAAUCACAAAAUCGAUAAAUUUGACGAAAAUUGAUAUUUUUUGAGAAGGGGGCCCUCUUAAUGCAAUCUGAUGAGCUCUUGAGCAACGUCGAAAC